CAGGGCACAGAGCGCGCAUGCGCCGCAGCGCCAGCGCUCUCCCCGGAUCGUGCGGGGCCUGAGCCUCUCCGCCGGCGCAGGCUCCGCUAGCGCCAGCUCGCUCCCGCCGCCAUGUCUGCCGCCGUCGAGCGGGAGUUUGAGGAGUUGGAUGCUCAGAAUCGUUGGCAGCAGCUGUACUUGGAAAUUCGCAAUGAGUCCCAUGACUAUCCUCAUAGAGUGGCCAAGUUUCCAGAAAACAGAAAUCGAAACAGAUACAGAGAUGUAAGCCCAUAUGAUCACAGUCGUGUUAAACUGCAAAAUGCUGAAAAUGAUUAUAUUAAUGCCAGUUUAGUUGACAUAGAAGAGGCGCAGAGGAGUUACAUCUUAACACAGGGUCCACUUCCUAAUACAGGUUGCCAUUUCUGGCUCAUGGUUUGGCAGCAAAAAACCAAAGCAGUUGUCAUGCUAAACCGAAUUGUGGAGAAGGAAUCGGUUAAAUGUGCACAGUACUGGCCAACAAAAGACGAUCCAGAGAUGCUGUUUAAAGAAACAGGAUUCAGUGUGAAGUUCUUGUCAGAAGAUGUGAAGUCAUAUUAUACAGUACAUCUACUGCAGUUAGAAAAUAUCAAUAGUGGUGAAACCAGAACAAUAUCUCACUUUCAUUAUACUACCUGGCCAGAUUUUGGAGUCCCUGAAUCACCAGCUUCAUUUCUCAAUUUCUUAUUUAAAGUGAGAGAGUCUGGUUCCUUGAAUCCUGAGCAUGGGCCUGCAGUGAUCCACUGUAGUGCAGGCAUUGGGCGGUCAGGCACCUUUUCUCUAGUAGAUACCUGUCUUGUUCUGAUGGAAAAAGGAGAUGAUAUUAACAUUAAACAACUAUUACUGAAUAUGAGAAAAUAUCGAAUGGGACUUAUUCAGACACCAGAUCAACUCAGAUUUUCAUAUAUGACUAUAAUAGAAGGAGCAAAAUUUAUAAAGGGAGAUUCAAAUAUACAGAAACGGUGGAAAGAACUUUCUAAGGAAGACAUAUGUCCUGCUUUUGAUCAUUCGCCAACCAAAAUAAUGACUGAAAAAUACAAUGGGAAUAGGAUAGGCCUGGAAGAAGAAAAACUGACAGGUGACAGAUAUACAGGACUAUCCUCUAAAAUACAGGAUACGACGGAGGAGAACAGUGAGAGCGUUCUACGGAAACGUAUUCGAGAGGACAGAAAAGCUAACACAGCUCAGAAGGUGCAGCAGAUGAAACAGAGGCUAAAUGAGACUGAACGAAAAAGGAAAAGGUGGUUAUAUUGGCAACCUAUUCUCACUAAGAUGGGGUUUGUGUCAUUCAUUUUGGUGGGCGCUUUUGUUGGCUGGACACUAUUGUUUCAGCAGAAUGUCCUAUAAAUAAACAAUUCUGCCUAGCAAGCCACUGCACUAGUAGGUGACAGUGUUGCAUUAGUCCCAAGGGUUUGUCUCUCAGCAGACUCCUUGCACCCCAGAAACAGUGCAGUAGAAUAGACACCAACCAGAUAAAUGAUAUAUUCAGACCCCAGCCCAACAUCUCAGGGCGCUGUCCCCUAACUGUAAACGGCUAUCUGAAAUAAAGACUUGAAUACUUAUUGAAAACUGGUACAUUUUGCAACUGUAUUCAUACAUGUUAAGUGUAAUAUUUCCUGAUCAGAUUGAGAAAUCCUUUAUCACAAGGAUUUGUUUUUGGAGGCUCUCUGGAUUUUAACCUGCACUUGAUACAAGCAAUAAAUAUUGUGGUUUUAUCUACAUUAUUACUGGAAAGAAAAUGACCUUUAAAUAAUGCGUGUAAUGUAUAAUGUACUGUUGACAUGAGCAUCAACAUUUUAUAUUCUUAACCAUUUCAGGGUAAAUAUAUUUUAUAAGUAUUUAAUCUUUUGUAGUUAAAUGUACUUUUUAAAAGCUCAAUUUGAAAAAUCUGUUAACAUAAAAAAUAAAUUGUGUGUUGAUUCAAUUGUACUGAAUACAUUUUCCUAAAGAGAAAUUUGAUAUGAGCAGUUAAAACUAGCUCUAAGCAGUUUUUAUUGUAUAUUUGCAUUUCUUUUAUGUUUUACAGUUUUCCCAAUUUUAAAAAGAAAAAUAAAGAAACAAAAAUUUCCCUAAAAAUUUCUUUGAAGGAAAACUCCUUACUGGCAUAGUCAGGUAACAUUUGGUUGAGACUUUGUAAAGAAAGUGGUUUCUGUAAAGCCCGUGAUGAAUACUGUUUAAUUUUCAUGAAAAUGUCUAUGUAAUUACCCUAAUUUAUAAUUAGGGUAAAUCAUGACUUAGAAAAUAAAAAUAAGGAGCAGCAUUUUAUUAUACAUCAUUUCAGUUUACUAGACUGAAGUUUUGAAGUAAAUUUUUUUUCAAGUUCUUUCUAUUCAAUAAAUAGUAUGAUGAUGUACAAACCUGACCUUGUCCCUUUAACUUCUUAAUGGGUAUUUUUAAAGCAUAUUGUUUGAUGAACUUAACUGCUCAUUUGAGUGCUAGCCUUCUUCAGAUCCCAACAUUCCAUUCAGUGUUUAACUUAAUUUAAACUUUAAAUAGUUGUUAUAGAUUUAAUUGCUAAUAUAAUAAAAUCACAUUAUUUCAGUGGUUUUCAAGCCAUGCUCAUUGGAUUUCUGAGGGGUCUCCGAGAGGUGGUUGGAAGGAUUCCAAGCUACCAGCCUGUACUUUCAACCAGACCAUCUCUAUUUUUCCUAUUUUCUACAUUACGUACAAUCUCUGUAUGAGGUGUAAUUAUUUUAAGGGAACAGUUAUAAUUUUUAAAACAGUUUGAAAACUAUUUGUAUAGAUAGGUAUUUUGAAUUGAUUUGAGUAGCCUUCUUGAAUGUGUUGAAUUAUGCUGAAAUCUGAAAGCAGGAUGUAGGUGGUACUACAUAUUAAAUCAGAUUUACAUAACUUGUGCCUGUGUCCUAAUUCAGUAUUACUGUGUCCUGUAACCUUUAAAUGGAGAGGAGGUAAGAGGGACUUUUUUUUUUUUUUUUAAAUGUCUAUCUGCACUAAACCUGUGUUCAGGUACCAGGACCCGUCAUUAUUGGUUUAAAACCUUUCUAAUUUUCCUAAUUUGCCUUGGUUUAUAUUUGUAAAAUACAGUAUAUUACUCUGUAAGUCAAAUACGGAUAAAUCAUACUAAAUUUCCAACUGAAGAUAGCCUUGCCUUAAACAAAAAGGCAGAGACUUCUUACAGGAAACAAAGGCUGUUAAUGAUGCACAUUGCCCCUUUGCAGGGUAAGUGUGCUUCACUGGAUUCAGGAUUUUAGCUUUGCUGUUUGUCUUCUUUCUGUUCUCUGACUGGUGUAUGUUGUCAUAUAUCUUAACAUGAUACUCAGUGAAGUAAACAUUUGUUGAUGAACUUCUGCAAGGGUUAUUCAUCUUUCCUCCUUUCAAGCAGAUCCUGAAGGAUAGUGUGUUAAGUUUAUACCAGUAAUAAUAUUUUUGGGGUCCAUGUAUUAAUUAUUUAAAAAUGUGCUGUAGUGCUUGGGGCUAUCAUCUUGACCCUUUAUUAAGUGGGAAAGACACAGGGCUCCUGCCUUCUCAGGUAGCAGCCAGAGGACAAAGUUAGCAAUCCACGAUAGAUUUUACAUUUUACAAAAUUUGUGCAUCCUUAAGUCUUCCUAAUAUUUUCUAAAUAUAACAGACUUUUUUUUUCAAUAUAACAGACUUUUAAAGUCAGUUGUAUAGUUUGAUUUUAAUGAGGUAGUGUUAUUUUUUGAACAAGGAAGAAAAUAAGGUUUUUAGAAAACCAGAGGCUUCAUUAUUUCUAAGAAAGGAUAUUUGCAUUAAUAUAUAGUACAUUCGUGUUCAUAUGCCUCUACUGAUAAACUGACAGCAGUCUGACUUAAUGCCAUCUUCUCUCGAUAUACCAGCUGGUUAUGUAUCUGUCUCCAGGUUUAGCUAGGUAUUCUAUGCUGGCCUCUUAGCAGUUUUAAUCUAUGCUCACAUAUAUAGAACACGUAAAAAUAUAAUUCUUCAUUUUUCAGUUUAUCCAUAUAUAAAAUAAAAAUAAUACCUUUUCUUGAAUUCUUAGAUGAUUAAGAAAAAUGUAGUGUCUUAAAGUGUAUAAAGAACUUUAGAACAAUAUAAAGAUCAUUCCUCAUGUUUAGGGAAUACUUUAUAAUAUAUGCUCUGUCCUUUUCCUAUUCUAUCUUCAAAUUAAUACUGACUGUGUAUUAAUAUUUCUACCAAAAAAUGAACAAAAAGAGAAAGGAAAUGAAAUAUUGACUUUUUUUUUAAUAGCUCUGCUUAACAGGUAUGUCACAAGAAGGAACUGUAACUCUUAAUUUUAUGUGUAUUUGUGCUUGUCCCCUUCGUUUCAAAUAAACUAGAAUUGAUGGUAUGAAUCAACAAAUAUGUAUUGGUUUGAAAAGUAGUUUAUGAUAUGUAACUUUUUAUAGCAAGUUCUUCUUUGCUCUCAGUGUCAAUUGAGAAUGGUGGUUGUAAUCAUUUAUUGAUCAUUUACUAUGUGCCAGGCACUGUGCUAAUAAGCACUUUAAUAGAUUAUCCCAUUUAAUCCUUACAACAAGCUUUUGAGGUAGGUGUUGUUAUUAUUCACCCAUAAUCAGCCUGAGACUUGACAGUUCUAUAUUCUUUUAUGCUGCUAUUGUUGAAAAGUCUCCUAUAUGUAGUAUAUUUUAGAAGUAGGUUAUUCUCAAAGACAAACUUAGCUUUUGCAAGUCAUUUCCCUUUUAGAAAAAUACAUCUGACUAGAUUCUAUGUAAAUAGACACAGGCCAGAACCUGAUUGUAUUAGAAACACUGUCAUUAACCUUUGUAUACUCUACUUCAUCGAGUACCUACAUCCCCAAAGUGCCUGCCUGGUUAUUGUACAGAGUUUAAAAUCUAGUCUGCCUUGAUUUUUACUUUGAGACACAAAACUUACAGAGGUUUUAUUUUAAUGUAAUCUACUAUAAGCCUGGUGCCAUUAGGUAUAUCAUCCAUGUCUUCUGUGUUUAGGCAGAAGUCUAGUAAUCACUCCUUCUCUAAACAUCGAUUGAUUUUUUUUGUCCAACAGUCAGUCCACAUGGAUUUGUUGCGGGCUUAGGGAGUAAGGAAGGAGCAAGGGUGUGAAUCUCUAGUCUGCUGCACCCCAGUAGUGCGGGGAGCUGAGGUCAGACCUUGGUGCAGUGAUCCUGGUCUGAAACUAAGGUGUUUCUGUGUUCUCAUUUCUGUGUCAGCAGAUAAUGAAGUUUCUCUCACUUUAAGAAAUCUUUAAUUUGGCCUUAUUUAGAGGAUAGAGGCACAAAAGCUUACAAAUAAAAUUUUGAAAGUAAUACUCUUCCACAGGACAAAACUAAGUUCUCCUGAGUUAAUUUCCCUGGAUGAUUUAUUCCAAAAUUGACCUGUUUCUUAGGUCUUUUUCCCUAGUUCAUUUGUUUGGAUUUGAUUUUUUCUUAUACUUAUUUUCAAAGCAGUAUUUAUAGGACAGUAUCACCAACAGCUCCUAUGAGAGUGAAUGAGUAUUUUAGAACUUGCAGCUCUCUUGUUCCAUUAGAUAUGUUACAUAUAAGUGAUGACAUGCCUUCAUGGGAAGAAACUCGGGUUGUUUAAGCUACACAAAACCUCCUCUGCCUGGGCAGGAAUCCCCAGUCCAGAUACUGCACACUUUAGGCUAUAUUUCAUGUAUUCACCAUAAUAUAGCUAUUCUGUUGUUCAUCCAGAUCUGACAAUGUAAGCUUUUAAUUUAGGAAUUUUAAGUUACUCACUUUCUUGGGUAGUGUUUGAAAGAACAGACUCCUAGGAGAAUGGUAGAGUUUGGCCAUCUCAUUUUUUCCUUAGCAACAGGAAUUUUCUGAAUAUUUACCACAUUCAGAUUUCUCCAAGAACACCCAGUUCUGCACAGGUGCUUUUCCUCAACACUCCUCAGAGAAAUGGUUAUCUCCUUUGGCUACUGAUUUCUGGAAACUUCUUUGGGGAGAGUGUUUUCCUCACUGUCCUUUAUUCUGUCACAGAGCAUUGCUAAGUGGAAGCAGUGUAUCAGACAAGAAGCUUGAACUUGGUUUGAAAGGCUUUGUCUUCAUCAGUAACAACCCCUGACAAUGAAAAAGUUUUAAAGAGCUCUGGCCAUCUCUGAAGUCUGCUGGGAGAAUGAAAAGUUCAAUUUUUGAACUCUUUCUAUUUUGGAUUUAUAAUGUACAGCAGAAUAAAGAAAUUGUAGGAUAUAGUGACAAUAUACUUAUGGAGUCCAGUACUGUCUGGUUUUUCAUUACAUAGUGUAUUUUGGGAAAUUAUAAGGAGAAUUGCAUGGGGAUUUUCUUUAUGGAGACCAUUUUUGAAAGAACAUCCAUUCUUUAUUGUUGCUCUAAUUUGACAGAUUUUAUAGAGACGAAGGUGUUGGUAUUUCAAAUUACUACCAUAAAAUCAUUGAAGUUAUUUUGAGUUUGGUGAAUUCGGGAGAGGGAAACUAGAUAAGUUUGUUUUGUCUGUAAGGUAAUGCUUUUGCUCACCUUACAGAAGGUUUUUGAUUCUUUUCAGUAAAAAAAAAAAAAAAAAGUGUGAAUAUCUGGUGGCAAAGAAUACUUUGGAUGCAGUUUGACUUUCUAUUACUUCGGAUAUGGAGCCAGCUUGGGAGGAUCAUUCUCUGUUUGUAAACCUGGCCCAGUUCCAGAAUAAGGGCAGUGGGCAGUAUGUGCAGGCUGCUUUCUCCAAAGAAGGAAGCAAGCAUGGUUAAUUAUUCCACUUAAUUUCUUUGAACCCAGUUUACUUUUGACUUAUUGAACAAAUCAGCAAAAAAAUGAUUCAAUUGAACAUAUUUUUUUCCUAAAAUAAAGCCCAUUUGUCUUCAGUUUUGCAAAUAGAUACAUUUUAUAAAAGUUAAUACUCCCAGUGAUUUUACCUUAUUUCUUAUCCUUCAGAAUAAUAUUUACAAAGAAAAAAGUGAAUUUUAAAAAACACUUAAUUUUUUUUAGUUAUUACAAACAAUAGUUUAUCCUUCAUAGGUGAAUCUCUGUCACCGUGCUAGGGAAAACAACAGUGCAUGUUGGACACUUGCAGUGCUGCCAGUCAGCUGACCUGCAUAAUCUAAAUUGAAUCUGCUUCAUACCUCAUCUAGAUGCAUCACCCUGUUUUAAAGUAAGAAAACCAGGUCAGAGAAUAAGUAACUUGCCCAUGAUUGCACGGCUAUUACAUGAGAGCUGAAAUUCACACUCCCGUCUGUAGAAUUCCAGUAACUCCAAACCACAUGCUGCUUCCAUUAUGACAUGUGGGCUCUAUUUUUUAUGGAAUAUUCAAAUAUUUAAACAGAAAGAAUUAAACUGCUACUUUAACUUAUUAAAAUUCAAAGUAGUGCUUUUUUUUUUUAAGUCAACCAAGUCAAACUUUACCUCCAAAAAAAAAAAUUGUGAAAACAGUCUGCACUGCCACUGAACCAAAGAAAUACUGAAACGUCAGAAUAUUCUCUAAACCAGACGAUUAUUUCAUUCACCUUGAUUGAUUGAAUGGAGUUACUUUGAUGAGCAGGUUUUCUGAAUGUGUGGGAAAUAAAUACGUAUUUUGCAGCAGAGUCAGUAAGAGGUCCCUUUCCUUACUUCCAUCCAAUGUGGUGCAGGGUUCAUUAGAACCAUGCAGUAAGCACCUGUAGUAGGUUUCGUGACUUACAGACAUCUCCUUAGAAGGUUUUCUUGAUACCUUGACAUUUCUGUGUCAAUGUUGGACAAUAAAAGAAAAGGACUGUUCAGAACACCACCAGGUGCUUGGUAUUAUUCUUUAGUAGGAAGAGUCAAUAGUCAGGAAGAAGCCCAGUUUGCAGUAUUUUGAGGGGUUUUUGACUGGGGGGUAUGUGUGGGCAUGGUUUAUAUUCCUAUUUAUAUAUGUGGAGACACAAUGACAGGUAUUUACAUUUGGGGUUUUUUUGUUGAUGUUAUGGUGAGGGAAGUCAGGAGAAGAACAGAAAUAUCAUUUACCUCAAAAGUUCAGUUAUUUGCAAAUAUUGUGAAAUACCAUCAAAAACUGCACUUAAAAUAGUUAUUUCAUCUGUUGCUUAAGUUCUCUUUCAUCUUUACUUUUCAAUAUUAAAAUACAGUAAGUCUCAAUUAUUUUAUGUCUCUGUUUUUUUUAAUACUUUAACUUAAAUCAUGUCACUUUGGUUCUGUAUUACUAUAAUCAUUAGUAUUAUCCUUCAGGACCAAAAGAAGCAUGCUGCUAACAGUCUGAUUUAAAGAUUUAAGCCAAUUUUAUGUUAAGACAUUACAUUCAUAGUAUUUUUAACAGUAUGAUACAGUGGAGGUUCAAAUUGGAUUAGACUUUUGCAUUGAAUUCCAAAGUAUUGGUAAGUCUAGCACAUGCCAUAAAAUCUUGUGAAACUGUUGUGGCUACAUUUUUUGAAAACCUUUCCAUCUGUCAGUAUCUCACAUGGAGGUCAUUUCUUAAUACAGGAUGACCUGAGAAAUUCAGAGUUGGUAAUUCUUUAAAAAGUCAUGUAAGUUAUGGUGCUUUAACAUGAGUCUACCUCACACCACCAAUUCUGUUUGAAAAUUGAGUAUGUAAGCAGAUUUACCAGGAUAACAGUGAAGCACUUAGUGUGGAUGAAUGUGACAUGUUGGAAUGUUUUUUAGUUGACUUUUUAUUUCACUGUUAGUCCUUUUAUGUUUGUGUGUAUCUGUGUAUGUCUGUGUGUUUGGUAAAUAUGAAUUGAAUAGAUGACUUCUUAUUUUAUG